AUGACUGUGCUUCUGCGUGGUAUUCCUAAGAAAGAUUUGAAACAUCUUCUUACUCUAGCGACUACCGAGUCUAUUUUUGUUUUCAACGGCGUAUAUUAUAAGCAAAUUGACGGUGUGGCCAUGAGGUCUCCGUUAGGGCCUACACUGGCCAAUAUUUUUAUGUGUCAUUAUGAAAACAUUUGGCUUAAAAAUUGUCCGUCUGAAUUUAAGCCGAUCUAUUAUAGCCGAUAUGUUGAUGAUAUUUUUGUUUUAUUUGAAUCACGUGAGCAUGUUCAAAAUUUUUAUGAAUAUAUUAAUUCUAGGCAUCAGAAUAUUAAAUUCACGUUUGAAAAAGAAUGUGAUAAGGUUUUUCCAUUCUUGGACGUUUGCGUCAUGCGUGAAGGUGAUUCUUUUGUCACCAACGUAUAUAGGAAACCAACAUUUGGUGGAGUUUAUACUAACUUUUCUAGUUUCAUACCCAUGGAAUAUAAACACGGCUUGAUUUUUUCUUUACUUUAUCGUUGUUACCAUCUGUGUUCAGAUCUUAAUAAAUUUCAUGUAGAAAUAUCUCAGUUGCAGACUAUUCUUGGAAGGAAUGGAUACCCUUCAAAGGUUUUUGAAUUCUGUCGCAGAAUUUUCAAGAGCAGAAAUUACGAACCGAAGGAACAAGUUUCCCUUGCUCCUAAGAAAGAGUUAGUCCUUGUUUUACCUUUUUUAGGAAAGAUUACCUUACAAAUUAGAACACGUUUGCACCGUUUGUUUAAGCAGAAACUGGCACAUUGUAAUGUUAAACUUAUAUUUUUUUCUAAGAGGAGGCUACGUAGCUGCUUUGCCUUUAAGGACAGAUUACCCGAAUCGUUACGCUCCGGACUCGUUUAUUGUUUUAAGUGUAGUGGCUGCAACGCCACUUAUUAUGGCAAAACAAAACGCCAUUUUAAAGUCCGUAUGUCCGAGCAUUUAGGUAUUUCUGCACUUACAGGUAAACGCGUUAAACUUAGUCCGCAGGCCAGUGCCGUUCGCGAACAUUUAAUUUUUUGCAAUUACUCUCCAGCAUCGUUUCACAACUUCUCAGUACUUGCGGAAGAGUCUAAAGAUUUUAAACUUACUCUGAUGGAGAGCUUAUUAAUUGAGCGUGACCGUCCCAUUUUAAAUAACACGGUAAAAUCUAUGCCUUUAGAAUUAUUAUAA